UCGGAAUAAAUUUGUGUAACACAGACGCUUUGCUGAUGCGGAAGUGUUGUCCAGUGAUAAACAAGCGAACAGAUCUUCCUAAAAAUUAAUAACUAUAUAAUAGGCAAUACAAUGGCAGUGAGUGCGGUACAUUUGGAGUCAGACGCGUUUCUUGUCUGUAUGAAUCAUGCCCUCAGUACGGAGAAAGAGGAAGUCAUGGGCUUGUGCAUUGGCGAGGUGGAUACAAACCGCAUCGUGCACAUUCAUUCUGUCAUCAUUUUGCGUCGGUCAGACAAGAGGAAAGACAGAGUGGAGAUUUCACCAGAGCAGCUGUCAGCAGCAUCCACUGAAGCUGAAAGGUUGGCUGAGAUGACAGGACGUCCCAUGAGAGUUGUGGGUUGGUACCACUCACAUCCACACAUCACUGUGUGGCCAUCACAUGUCGAUGUUAGGACUCAAGCAAUGUAUCAGAUGAUGGACCAGGGUUUUGUUGGCCUCAUCUUCUCAUGCUUUAUAGAAGAUAAAAACACAAAGACUGGUAGAGUUUUGUAUACCUGUUUUCAAUCAGUCCAGGCCCAAAAAGGUUCAGAAUAUGAACGGAUCGAGAUCCCAAUCCACGUAAUCCCACAUGAAGCUAUCGGAAAAGUAUGUCUCGAGUCUGCCGUGGAACUGCCAAAAAUUCUCUGUCAAGAAGAACAGGACACGUAUAGACGGAUUCACAGUUUAACUCAUCUGGAUCCGAUCACAAAGAUACAUAAUGGAUCAGUGUUUACUAAAAACCUGUGUAGUCAGAUGUCGGCUAUAAGCGGCCCGCUGCUACAGUGGCUGGAGGACCGACUGGAACAGAAUAAACAAAGUAUCAUUGAACUUCAAAAAGAGAAAGAGCGACUGACACAAGAACUUGCUUCAUUAUGAGCAGAAUGACAUGAAGAAGACUUAUGUACUAAUGAAUCUCUCGAAAUCCUCUUUCUUUUGCGUUGCACUGAAUUAAGCGCCGGUCUUUCUGCACCUCUGCCACUCAUAGAUGAAAAAUCACUGACCGAGCAAAGACCGGAUGUUUGUCGUUUUGCAGAUUUCAGCACGUUUCUGGUCACUGCGUCCCAGGGCUUCCACCCAGAGAUUUGAAGUCUUUUCUCCGCCUCUUAAGUGCCAGAAACACUCAUUUAACUUAGCCAUCAACUUUCUCUCAGUGUUGUCUUGGCAUUGUUCCCCCCACACACAAAUAGUUUAACACAUACUUGUGUCUGUGACUGUGUGUUGCAUUAUAUACACUCACAGGAAAAUCUUAAAAAUGUUGAUGUGACAAAAUGGACAAGUGUUGUCUGUUGAUUUAUUGUUUUCAUUGGUAUGAUUUUGAUAGCUGGUGUUGUUUAAAUAAAAGCUGUUACUUUCUGAAUGUACAAACAUGGCAUUUCCUAAAUUAAAGGGGCUAAUAAAUAGCUGAA